GUAUAUUGGGUAGCCAGCAGAGAUGGUCUUUUAUAAAUGGUUUGUGGUCGGCUGGAGAAGAGACUACGGGGACACGGAACCUUGGGAGUGCCGUCACUGAGGUUCACCCUGUACAGGUCGUCUUUCUCAUCGUGGCGGCUGCUCGGUUGCUUGCUGCUCUCUCCAGAUUAAUUUCCAAGUAAGGUCAUGAUUCGACACGAGAUGAUUUAAGUUCCAAUCUUCAACGAAGGCCACAUCUCCGCUAAUCAAGUCUACUUGGUCGAGAAUUUUCAGCGGCAGCGAGUGACCAUUUGUACGGUAGCACAACGACUCAGCGGUACUUAUUCCUUUCGGAUUAUCGUGCCCAGCGGACCCUGCCGAGUUGUCUGCGGUGUUCUCUCAUUGUUGGUAAUUGUUCGGUGACGUCAGCAGUCUUAUCAUCGGCGGCCCCUUAGGCGCGCUUCGGUCUAUUCUCAGACUUCUCAUCAAAUCCCCUUUGGUCAGCCCGACCCAGUUUAUGAGCUCGAAGGAGAAGCCGACUCUCGGCGGCACGCGGAUCAAGACCCGCAAACGGAACAUCGCUGUUCCGUUGGAUCCAUCUGGAUUCGCGGAUAAUGUUGUUAAUGUCUGCCUUAAAUACCAGGGGGAUUUGGAUCUCAUAUCUAAAGAGAUAGAAGUUGAUGAUGAGCUCGAUUUUUCGCGCUAUGGCGACACCCUGUUCGAGGUGUUGAACUGCGAGCCAACAAAGGAGAGUAUCCUACCUUAUAUUCUGUUCAUUCAGAAGAUUAUUCGGCGGAGGCCGUUCUUGAUCAAGAAUCUUGAAAAUGUUUUGCGGCGGUUGUUGCAGUCACUUGAGCAUUAUGGCGCGGAAGACCGCAAGAAGCUCGCCAUUUUCACUGCCCUCACAUUUUCACAGAAGCUGUCAGGGCUUCCUCCGGAGAACAUCUUCACAUGUUUGUUCAAUGAUGCCAUGGUUUCAAAGGGAUCGGUGCUUGGCUUCGUGACGAAUGUGUUUAAGGUGUUCCUCGAGGAAAGCACCUUGGAUGAGCUUGUUGCGCUUCUGAAGAGGGCGAAGGUGGAGGACCGCAUGCUGGAGUUCUUCCCAAUGCAGAAGCGGACCCCAGAGUAUUUUGCGGAGCAUUUCAUGAAAGAGGGCCUGUCUGAAAUCGUUGAAUACAACCGCAAGAAGGUCUUCGAUGUUAUGCUCAAGGAGCUGCACACUUCGCUCUCUGAAAUUAUGAGCGAAGGAGGGCCUGUAAACCUUGGAGAAACUAUUGAGCUAGUAAAGCAGCGGCGCAAGGAAGGAGAGCUGCCUGAUGUGGACAUUGUGAAGACCAUCUGGGAGUCCAUGAUGGAUGCUGUGCAAUGGAGCGGCAAGAACCAGCAGCAGAAUAUCAACAAUGCACUCCGGCAGGUCAAAGGGUGGGCUAAAUUGCUUGGAGCGUUCUGCACUACACCCAGACUUGAGGUUGAGCUGAUGUAUAAGAUUCAGAUCCACUGCUAUGAGGACGCGAAGUUGAUGAAGCUCUUCCAUGAGAUUGUGCGGGCGCUUUACGAUCUUGAUGUGCUGUCCGAGGAUGUUAUUCUGAAGUGGUUCCGUAAAGGCAACCUCACGAAGGGCAGUGGAUCCCUGGAUGGAGAGGGGUUGGUUGAGGUGUUGAGAAGGUGGGGAGGUGUGCGGCAGGUUCAGGAUCAGGAGAACCGCCGAGAGCGGAGGAAACGAGCCACUACAGUUAAGCGGGAGCUACAGCAAUGGUUGGCACCUAGUGACUCGGAUACUGACCAGGACAUGACGGCCAUCAGCAACGGAACGGAAAGACUGGACAUACAUUCGAAGACAUCGGAUGAGGAGGUCCCAACUCCAAGAUCGGCACCCCUGAUACGAACGGCUCGAAGAAUGUACGGCACCGGACGGAAGCGUGGACGCCCACCGUUGGGUGUCGUACCCCGUAACUUGAACACGAAAAUCACCCCUGGGAACGACCCGGAUGCUAGAGACCGCUACGUGAAGGAUAUGAUUGAGCAACUCGAUGCGCUGGACUAUAAAGAGAUAAAGGGCGAGAAAGUUGCGCCAGGUGGAGGCUGCACAACCUAUAAAGUGAGAGGACAUCUCGACGGGCCACAGUUCCAUGGCGACACCAUGGUAGCGAAGCUGCUCCUCAGCAGUAGUGAUCCAUCCUUGGAGCUCGGAGGACCUGCCGUCAAACUGUGGGAGGCGAUCCCGUCGAAACUGUGGAACAUACGUUGCUCGAAGGAGAAGCCGACUCUCGGCGGCGCGCGGAUCAAGACCCGCAAACGGAACAUCGCUGUUCCGUUGGAUCCAUCUGGAUUCGUGGAUAAUGUUGUUAAUGUCUGCCUUAAAUACCAGGGGGAUUUGGAUCUCAUUUCUAAAGAGAUAGAAGUUGAUGAUGAGCUCGACUUUUCGCGCUAUGGCGACACCCUGUUUGAGGUGUUUUUCACAGGUGGCCGUACGGCAGCUGGAAGUACGGUCGUGGUGGAAGACUCAUCUCGGCAGCCGCAUGCUGUGUUGAACUGCGAGCCAACAAAGGAGAGUAUCCUACCUUAUAUUCUGUUCAUUCAGAAGAUUAUUCGGCGGAGGCCAUUCCUGAUCAAAAAUCUUGAAAAUGUUUUGCGGCGGUUGUUGCAGGUGUUUCUCGAGGAAAGCUCGUUGGACGAACUUGUUGCGCUUCUGAAGAGGGCGAAGGUGGAGGACCGCGUGCUGGAGUUCUUCCCAAUGCAGAAGCGGACCCCGGAGUAUUUUGCGGAGCAUUUCAUGAAAGAGGGCUUGUCUGAAAUCGUUGAAUACAACCGCAAGAAGGUCUUCGAUGUCAUGCUCAAGGAGCUGCACACUUCGCUCUCUGAAAUUAUGAGCGAAGGAGGGCCUGUAAACCUUGGAGAAACUAUUGAGCUAGUAAAGCAGCGGCGCAAGGAAGGAGAGCUGCCUGAUGUGGACAUUGUGAAGACCAUCUGGGAGUCCAUGAUGGAUGCUGUGCAAUGGAGCGGCAAGAACCAGCAGCAGAAUAUCAACAAUGCACUCCGGCAGGUCAAAGGGUGGGCUAAAUUGCUUGGAGCGUUCUGCACUACACCCAGACUUGAGGUUGAGCUGAUGUAUAAGAUUCAGAUCCACUGCUAUGAGGACGCGAAGUUGAUGAAGCUCUUCCAUGAGAUUGUGCGGGCGCUUUACGAUCUUGAUGUGCUGUCCGAGGAUGUUAUUCUGAAGUGGUUCCGUAAAGGCAACCUCACGAAGGGCAGGCAAAUGUUUGUGAAGUCCCUCGAGCCGUUCGUGAAGUGGUUGGAAGAAGCUGAGGAGGAGUCUGAUGAUGAGAACUAACUUUUCAGCAAACGUCCUGAUUUGGGGAGAAGGUUUUGUCGUCGGGGGCCUCUCUGGUUGUCAAUUUGAUGGUCUGUCGUCGAGGGCGGCAACUGGGUAGAGAGUCAUUUUGCGCCCUCUUGUACGGAACAGCCUCCUUAUGUGUUUGCAACUAACGACCAUCAGGCAAGAUUCUCCACGUUGGAGAAGGAUUGAAUGAGUUGAUUGGCACAACCUUGUUUUGAUUCUCCCUAUGAAUUGGAGUGGAGUGGGCCAGAGUUGGUGGUGAGAUCACAGACGGGUAUGAGGUGGCAGUCGAGGCCAAGAUUGUGUCCAACUCUGUGAUUUGCGAAGUGUGAACGUUGAAGCUGUUUGUUACGUUACGAAGAUGUGAAGGGAGGGGUGUAAUUCCUGAUUGAGUUGAAGGCGAAGACUGAUCAGUUGUUUAGUGAAAUGUCCACGUUGUCACUCCCUGUGCCUAAUGCCAUUUUUGGAAAAAACGAGGCAACGGAGAAGUUUGUCUUCGCUCGAUCUAGUGGGAGACUAGUAGUUUUUAGUGAACGUCUCUGCUGUCACAGUCUUUGGUUUGGUACUGUAAUGCUUUUUUAUGGCAAACGAGGCCACAGAGGAAAUGUGCUCACAUCAAUCUGAUCAUUCGCAGACUUUCUAGCCCUUUCAGCCCCUUGCCUUCUCCUUUGGCCUAGAGUAAACCGAACUGGUGCCG